GGGCUCACGCAGAGAAGUCUGCGGGACGUGCAGUGCCCACGAGGCUGUCUCGUACUCAGUGUCUUUCGGAGCGCCCGCGGCCAGCUCGGAAACCCCGCGUCCUCAGCUGUCGGGACCCGGGACUUCGCGGAGUUUGGUGGACCGUGGCGACGCCGGGUCCUCUGGUUGUCCCCUGGGAGGGGAGGCCCACGGGCUAGGACGUCGUGUCGCGCCCUUUCCCCUGGUGCGGUGGAGUUCGGGCGUCACCGAAUUGGGGGACGUUUUCCGAAACCCCCCAGGGAUCCCCAAGGCAGGGUAACCCUAGGCCCAGAGAGUCUGAUCGACCCUGGGGCCAGUGCGCCCGGCUGCUGCCCGACGCGAGACGCACGCACGCUUAGUGUCACCAGCCUCGGACCACGUUUGACCGACAGUUCUCACUUUGCUCCCGAAUGCAGUGGAGACCUAGGGCAGGCUCUGCCGGGUAGGGUGGCAACUCCGCGAAACCGCGACAUCCCUCGAACCCCGGGCGGCUGAGUGCCGGGCGCUGGCAGUUUCUGCGCCCAGGUUUCCUCUGCGUCCUGGGCUGCGCGGCCUGUGUGGUUCCAGUGAACCUUCACCGGCUGAAGUUAAAGGCUCUACCUUCUCCGUGAAGUGACAGUUUGUGGCAAGACAAGUUCAGAACCAAGAACCUGCCACCACAGCUUGGAGCUGAGCGCUGACCAGCUCCAGCUAGUCAACAUGGUGGACACGGAGAGUCCCAUCUGCCCCCUCUCCCCACUGGAGGCUGGUGACCUGGAAAGCCCGCUGUCUGAAGAAUUCCUACAAGAAAUGGGAAACAUUCAAGACAUAUCUCAGUCCAUUGGGGAGGACAGUUCUGGAAGCUUUACUUUCACAGAAUACCAGUACUUAGGAAGCGGGCCCGGAUCGGAUGGGUCUGUCGUCACCGACACCCUCUCUCCAGCUUCCAGUCCCUCUUCGGUUAGUUACCCUGUGGUUCCUGGCAGCGUGGAUGAAUCUCCCAGUGGUACACUGAACAUUGAGUGUAGGAUCUGUGGGGACAAGGCCUCAGGCUACCACUAUGGGGUCCACGCCUGUGAAGGCUGCAAGGGUUUCUUCCGGAGGACCAUCCGGCUGAAGCUGGUGUACGACAAGUGUGACCGCAGCUGCAAGAUUCAGAAGAAGAAUCGGAACAAGUGCCAGUACUGCCGCUUCCACAAGUGCCUGUCGGUCGGGAUGUCGCACAACGCAAUUCGUUUUGGACGAAUGCCGAGAUCUGAGAAAGCGAAGCUGAAGGCGGAGAUCCUCACCUGUGAGCAUGAAGCGGCAGACUCCGCGACCGCAGACCUCAGGUCUCUCGCCAAGAGGAUCUACGAGGCCUACCUGAGGAACUUUCACAUGAGCAAGGUCAAAGCCCGGGUCAUCCUCGCGGGAAAGACCGGACACAACCCACCUUUUGUCAUCCAUGACAUGGAGACGUUGUGCAUGGCUGAGAAGACGCUUGUGGCCAAGAUGGUGGCCAACGGCAUCCAGAACAAGGAGGCCGAGGUCCGCAUCUUCCACUGCUGCCAGUGCAUGUCAGUGGAGACCGUCACGGAGCUGACGGAGUUUGCCAAGGCCAUCCCAGGCUUUGCAAACUUGGACUUGAAUGACCAAGUCACUUUGCUCAAAUAUGGCGUUUAUGAGGCCAUAUUCACAAUGCUGUCCUCCCUGAUGAACAAAGAUGGAAUGCUGGUGGCAUAUGGCAAUGGCUUUAUAACGCGGGAAUUCCUGAAAAACCUGAGAAAACCAUUCUGUGACAUCAUGGAACCCAAGUUUGAUUUCGCCAUGAAGUUCAACGCACUGGAGCUGGAUGACAGUGACAUUUCCCUUUUUGUGGCUGCUAUAAUUUGCUGUGGAGAUCGCCCGGGCCUUCUCAACAUAGGAUACAUUGAGAAAAUGCAGGAGGGCAUCGUGCAUGUGCUCAAACUCCACUUGCAGAGCAACCAUCCAGACGACACCUUCCUCUUCCCAAAGCUCCUUCAAAAAAUGGCGGACCUCCGGCAGCUGGUCACAGAACACGCACAGCUUGUACAGACCAUCAAAAAGACAGAGUCGGACGCAGCUCUGCACCCUCUGCUUCAAGAGAUCUACAGGGACAUGUACUGAUUUCUGUAAAUGCACAACAACAACCACUUUUCAAGGAGAAACGGGAGCAGCACAGAUUUGCACAAAUGUCCAGCCUUUUAAUCUCAGAGACUGGGAAGUCUGAGCGCUGGUGACGGUAAUGCUCCUCUCCACAUCUUCGCCCUUCCCAGCAGUACUUCCCAAGGGUGUGCCUAUUACUCACUCAAAUGUGGGUGAUCGGAGGCGGACAGUCUAUACUUGGAGAGUUAAGGGGAGUGACAAUUCAGGGCCUGAUUUUAGCCAACCCAGUGUUAAUCAGUGCACAUUUCUUCAUAUCACAUUAGUAAUUUGCCAUUUAAUUAAUGAGUAACCUCAAAAUAUGUGGUCUGUUCCCUUCUUCCCACCCUUUUGACUGUUGUGCUCCUUUAUAAUUUGAAAAACUAAUCAGCACUUUUAACAUUUAUAAUUCUAUAAUCUAGAUAUAGCCAAAGGUUAGAUAUUUAAAAUGCAGUGAAAUAUUUAUUUGGAAGACUUCAGUUCCAUUUCCUGAAUCGGAAGAAAGACAGUGGGCUGAUCUUUAAUCAUAGGAUUGAGAAUUUUCAAGAAUGAUUUGAUAAGCUAUCGACAUACAGCCACCCUGUCCUUUCGGUUCUCUGUUUUCACGGUCAUGAAUCAUAUGGUUCGUGUGGAUGUCCUGGGAGACCCGCUGGCGUCUGGGGUGAGCAGGAGGAGCCUUGAGAGUGUCUCCCACUCCCUGUCUCUCCACUCCUGUCAGCCUGCUCCCAUUCCCUUUGGCUUUCUGUGGGUGUGAGAGCAAUUUUAGGAACAGACCAACAACUGAUUUGCAAAUGUUCCUCCAUCCCAUUGGCAGCUCCUUUGUCAUUUCCUGCAUCACCUUUUAAAUAUGAUGGUUAAUUUUCUUAACUCCUGGUGGUGGAGAAGCUCCCUGGAGUGGAGAUGAAGCAAAUGUGACUCUAUCACCUGGGCUGGGCAGGGAAGUCACCCUGGAGGACAGGGAGGGCAUGGUGUCCUAUACCUGGCAAUCCUACCUAAUCUCAGAUUCUACCAGGUUAGGUUCUGUUAGUUUUUUAAAAUUUUUGAUUAAAGAUUUAAAUAGGCAGGCUUCUGGUCCCACUACCUAUGUGAGGCAGUGUUCUCAAUGUAUAAAACAUUGAUUUUCACCUUGAUAAUCAACUUUUCCACCUCAGUUCAGUGGGGAAAAGGUAUGGACCAGCUAUUUGUCUAGAACCUGCAGACCUUUCCAGGUGAACACACACGGAGAACGUCCAGCACUUCCUCAAGCCGGAGCUGGGCUGAGCCUGCCCCUGUCAUUGCCUCCGUGGGGUCGUGGACAUCUAGGGCCUGCUAGAUCCGGUGUGCCAUACCCAUCUUCAGGACAUUUGGGCUUUCUGAGGAUAGUAGUAUUUGUUGUUCAGGAAUGACCAGGAUUGGUCCUGAUAAAGUUCCCAGGAUCAGCACUGUGAAAAGUGUUCAAUAAAAAGGACAAUAGGAUUGGGGACUUCAGCUAGAAAACAGUGAAACUUUUAGUUCAGACAUUCUUUUUCAAAAUUACAGUUAGCCCUAUCUUUUUUAUUUCUUUUUUAAAAAUAAGACCCAAAGGAUCUGUUGGCCACCAGCAGUCUGCCCAAGAGAAUAGCAUUCACAAGUCUGAUAGCAGUCAGGGAGGAAAGCCAGCCCUGGGGUUGCACGGCAUGGUCACGUCAAUGUCACUUCCUACCUGAGAGCAGCCUGCACUGAGAACCAGGGCUGCAUUUACUUGGUUCUCUUAGGCCCAGCAAGAUGACCAGUGAUACCCCCAUUAGAGCUGUAGCGGAGACCACAGCCUCUACUUAGAAGUCACUUGACAUUGUUUCCCUCUAUUAAAAGGAAGGAAAAUCACAUGCCCCAAUUCAGUAUGAGUCACUAAUGGCCACUCAAUACUAGAAUAUUUUGGCUCACUUAAUCAAAGAUUUCUCAGGGUAUCAAUAAUCCAGUCUAGGCUGAUUAUGCACCAGUGCAAAAGAUGACAGCAUUUCAAAUAGGAGCAACGAAGAGGGUGUUCACUGUUUGCUAAGUGUCUCUGGACAUCAGCAAAAAGGACAACUGAGUGGCACAACAGGUUCAGGAGCCUCUUGCCCACACAGGCGGCACCUGCCUCCUCUGGCAGCAAAUGCAGAAAAUCUCCAACUUGGCCCAGUUCUUCACUUUUUCACCUUCCAGCAGCAGAAAGUGGCAGACUCCUCAGAGACCCCCAUGUCCCCUGUGACCUCAGGUGCUGAGUAGAGUAAGGCACCAGGAGGGGGACAGCCGCCUGCGGGCUCGGGACCAGACGCGAUCCUCACCACUGCAGCGCGUCCCUCUCCUGCCCCCUGGGCGUCUCCAGCAGGGCAUCCGGCACACUGAAUUCUGCACCCACCAUCCUUUGGGAAACCUGCGGGCACCAGGCCGUGGGGUGAGUGCAGACUAUCUCACUAGGAGGCCUCCAGUCACAUCUGCAGGACUCAGAGCAGCGCCAUCCACAGAGCACCGGCGAGCAAGCUGGCCCUUUCUAACCACCUUGCUGCCCGUUUCCCUUGACCUCCAUGCAGCUCACUGGUAAGUUUCAAGCAUCUUCCUAAAGAGUGUGUGCCACACAUGGAACUCAGCAUGAAGUCGAGGAGAAAGAGACCCAGGGCUCGUCAUACUCAAGAACGCCACCAGAGCUGCUGUUUUAAAGGGAGUCUUUCUUCUCAUCUUGAGAGCUAAGAAGGUACCUUUCUGCUCACACUGAUGCCUUUCCUAUACUGGGUCAUUUAAGACCCAAAAGGAACGAAUCAUUUCUGCUGUCGUAUGGAGGGUCCAGGGACAGCACAGCACCCCCUGAGAGGACAGGAACCUCAAGGCACUAGGAAAAUGUUUGACAGAAGAGACCAGUGAACGACUCAGUUGGCAAACACCUGAGCAGCUACCUCAGUAGACGUGCCAGCUGCUGCUGGCAAGGCGUGCACGACGCUCGGGCCUGCCUGCAUCUCUGUAUCAGACCGGCACCAUCAGGGUUCCUUGAGGGCUCAUGCACCUGACUGUCACACACAGGACAUGGCAGGCCGUGUGGCUUUCUAAAGGAAGUUUUGUUGUUGAGGUUCAUGUGCAAAGUUACUGUCCUGACCUAGUGAAGCGAAGACUGAGCAAGACUCGGUGGUCCCGCUGCAGGAGCCCACCCUCCUCUUCCCCCCUCCUGCUGAUCUCCCCCGUGGAGAGAUCCUGACAGCUGCCUCCCUCUGCUGUCACCUGCACCUGCAUCCCUCUGUCUGACUCCAAGCAUUUCCCAUUGUAAUCCCCACUUUUUCAACAUGCUGUGACACCAGGCAUGUUUGAUAGUAGCAGCCAAUGCAGGAUGGAGGGGGAUUUUUAUCCUGGCCCUAUGGUAUAGAGGGGCCCCUUGUUUCAACCAGAAAGACUGUGCUUCCAGCUGAGACUGGCCUCUUGUCAGAGGACCUCCAGGCCCCUUCAAAGGACCUCCCCAAAUCACAUGUCCUCUGAAAAUGCUCAGCACCUAACAUGCAAAGCAGGCUCCUGUGGUCUCCUUGCUCUGCAGCCCCUGGAGGGGGUCAGAUGCAGAAUCUGCCUCCAUUUUUAAAUGAAAACACCAAGGCUGGGGAUGAAGGGCCACCUGGUGGCACCUCUUCACCUUCUGCAGUCUCCCCCAUCUUACUGGGACAACAGAACUAACGCCAGAUGAGUCCCCGGUCACCUGAGAGGUUGCCCACUUGGCUCGGCCCACUUUAUGGUGGCCGAUGCUGUCGUCUGCAGUCGGCAUGGGGGCUUGAGGCAGUGUCCUGAGGAGUGACUUCUAAGUGUUCCUUUAGGCUAAGGACAGUGGCGUAGAUUCAAGGCAAGGAAAUCAUACUUUCCACAGAAGUUUCAAGUCAACAUCGAUGCCACCAAUUGAGAGCUGAUUGCUAAAAGAUGUCACAGGACAUUUGUCUCAGUGCAUCCAGUUUGUGUGGCACUGGCAUUGCCAUGCGUGAGGAAGUCAUGCUUGUCACUUUACAAGUGGCACUAGGACCUGGGCAGCUGACAGGCACGCUUCUUACCAGAGUCGUCAUCACAGGGCACCCGUGUACCUUCCCGGGACAGGGACGGUGGGAGCUGACAGCCCGGCCCAUCUUCAGAGGUCGCUGUCACAAAUACCCGCAGCACAACGCUCCAGGGCAGCUCGGCUUCGAGAAGACAAAGGGUGGCGGUAGGUAGGUGUCCAUUGCCUCAGCUCUGCGGUGGCAGCUGGGGCCUCUGAUCAAGGCAUCUUCUGUGCCACUGAAUCAUCACCCAGCCUUCCUCCAAGCCGUGUGCUCCCCCAAACACCUUCUAUCUAGAAGGAUGGAAGAGACAGCUCAGAGGCUGAGGUCUGGGCUGCUUCUGGGAGGCGCGCGUGCACACACACAGACACACACACACACACAGACACACACACAGACACACAGACACACACACACACAGACACACAGACACACACAGACACAGACACACACACAGACACACAGACACACA